GUUCCCUCGUCCUCCUUACGCGAUCUCUCGCUCUCUCUCGUCUCUGUCACAAGCACAGUUCAGUGCAACCGUCUCUUCUUCCUCUUCUUCUCCAUAGCAUAUGGCGAAUCGCAGUGAGAUCCCUGUUCAAUCAAAUGCUCCAGAAAUGGCUGCUCACAACAACAUCAUCAACAGCCACAACCAUAACCCUUAUGUUAAGGUUAUGCCGCCCCCCACUUCCCCUGCUAACAACAAGACUCCCAAUCCCAUGAAUACUAUAUUCGGUGCGGUGAAUCGGUGUGGUAAGACCGUUAAGAAGGCAACGAAACAAGCAGAGAACAUAGCUGACAAGUUCUGGAAACACAUAAGAUUGGGGUCUAACCCAGCUGAUGCAGCAAUGGCAAGAGUUGUGCAAGGAACAAAAGUGCUGAUGACAUAUGGAGGGCAUGACGGAGUAUUUGAGAAUACAUUUGGGAGACUGCAAGGGGAUAAGCUGUUGAACCAAUAUGCCUGCUACAUCUCAACUUCUAAUGGACCCAUCCUUGGAACAUUCUACAUCUCAACCAAAAGAUUAGCCUUUUGCAGUGACUAUCCAUUCUAUUAUUACCCAAACGCUCCUCAUAAUAGUCGAUCCGUAUACUACAAGGUGGUAAUUCCAAUGGAACAGUUGAGCAGGGCGAGUCCAUGCACAACCAGCUGGAACCCUGCAGAAAAGUACAUUGAGAUAGUGACAGUGGAUGGCUAUGAAUUCACUUUCAUGGGGUUUAUAGCAUAUGACAAGGCUCUCAAGACUCUAAAUGAGGCCUUACAGCGACAUCGCAACCAUUCUUCUGCAACUUGAAUGCUUCUUGCUGUUGUAACAACAACGCACUUUCCUCAUAACAAAACACACAGCUCCGUAAUUUAUUGGGUGAAAAUGGGAUUUGGCACUUCUUGUUUAAUGUUUCAUUGAGUCAUGUUUUAUGUUACUUGAAAAA